CUUAUAUACUUAAUAUAUGUUCAUAAAUAUUUAAAAAAUAUAGUAUAAUAUACCUAAGUGUUGAAAUAUCGGAAAGCAGUUGUAUUUGGUUAUUGUUGCUGCACAUUAUUGCAAUAACGGGGAAAGUUCAGUAACUAAUAAUGGCCACGAGUUGUGCUCAAACACUUGCUCUACAGAGUAAUUCCAGUAAGCAGAACCGCUUCAUGGAGAAAUUAAUGGCGAAAAUAUUUUGCUUCUACGACGAGCAGUCUCUAAUCGAUGUGACAUUUAAAGUUUCAAACCCAACGGCUGUUGUACCCGCGCAUCGUUUGAUACUCGCAGCAGCGAGUCCCUACUUCGAGAACCUUUUCAAUGACGAGCAAGGCAAUAAUCCCGACAUCGAGAUAAAUGAUAUCGAUAGCGAUAUUUUUGAGCGCCUAAUAACCUUUUGUUACAACGGAGAGGCCCUCAUUACAGUUAACAAUGUCGUUGCCAUGCUAAAGGCGGCAAUCAUUUUGCAAUUGGAUGAUGCUAUAAAUAGUUGUGUUGACUACCUCAUAACACAUAUCAAUGAAUUUACAUUGCAGGCUGCUUACACGCUCGAGCGAGAAACACAGUGUGAACGACUUAAGCAAAAACUCAUCGAAUAUGAAAUAAAGAACUUCAUGGAGAUCAGCCGACGCGUUGAGUUUCUGAGUUUUGAUGUAGAAAAAUUGCAACGUAUUCUCGAAUCUGACAAUCUGAAUAUAACUCGUGAGGAAGAUGCCUACGAUGCCAUAAAACGCUGGUUCAAUUACGAUGUUCCUGCACGUCAAGAAUCACUGCCACUUUUAAUAGCUUGUCUUCGUCUUACCCAAUUCGAUGCGGACUUUCUGUGGACACACAUACAGCCGUUACCUGGCUGUGAGCUGCUGGCCCACCAGGCGAUAUCGUGGAUCAGAGAGCCUGCAGCACGAACAAAGAUAAAUAUGCGAUUCACAGAAUCACGUGAUACUUGUGAGAAAACUUUCCUGGUGGUUCGCCAAUCAGAGAUGAAUCACAAUCUGCUGCAAUACAACAAAGCUGAGGACAAGUGGCAAGAAUAUGCGAGUUUAGAAAUCGAUUACACGGAUUAUGAAACGAGUUUAAAGGAUGAUAAUUUAAUAUUUAUCGGCGGUUGUAAAAGUGGUGUCACAACCAACAUCGCCCGCAGCUGGAAUAUACGAAAUAAGACAUGGCAAAAUUUGCCCCCCAUGAAGCAAGAAAGACGCGGACACCUUGUGGUCGAAUUAGAUGGUAAAAUCUACGCGAUUGGGGGUUUAGCGGGUGACAAUGUUCUGUCGUCGGUGGAAAGAUAUACGCCAUCCGUUGGUUGGGAGUCCGUCAGCAGAUUGAUUGUUGGAAGAUUCUGUGGAUGUGCAGUGACUUUAAAUGGUAAAGUUUAUAUACUAGGCGGUAGCAAUAAUAAUGGAAAUUUGAAACUCGUCGAAUGCUACAAUCCGUAUUCGAAUACUUGGACUUCUUGCGCGGAUAUGACAGAAUGUCGUUUUUUUCCUAAUGUAAGAGCACAUAAGGGUCAUAUAUAUGUUUCAGACAAGUUUUCUGCUAACCGUAGCCAAAGUGUUGAACGUUAUGAUCCUCAGCGAAACAGCUGGUCUAAGAUUUGUUGUUUGGAUGCUGAAUGGGCUCGUAUUACAGGCUUGCCGUUAGACAAUAAGCUAUGGUUUUUUGGUCCCCCUAAAUCUGAUGACAUAUCAAGUGUAUCAGUCUAUGACGAGGACAAUGACCGUUGGGUAAAAAAGUGUUCAAUACCCAAUGUAAACAGAUAUACUUGUGUUGUGCCUGUAGCCUUACUGUCGUUGAAAUGA